GGCGAUCGCCGGAAGGUUCCAUAUAAACUCGCCCUCCCCCCUCCGCCAGCCCUCCAGCCGCCAUGUCCCAGCACCGUCCCUCGCCAGACCAGCCGUCCUACUAUCCACUCCCCCACCCCCCGUACCAGCCCCAGUACGCCGAACCGAUGCCCGCGAGACCGUCGCGCCCGAUGACUAUCUCCCUUCCCCAAUUCCAGCCACCCCCCUACUCCCAGCAACAGUCUCAGACUUUGCUUCACUCGCCAUUCGAGACCCCUCGAAGCAUGCCCAUGAGCUCAACCCCUUUAUCAUCACAUAUUGAAGGAAUGGUGGAUUACUUCUCCACCUGGGACGGGCAAACUAUGCAGCCAGUGCCAGACUUCCAUCAACACGCCCUCCAGCAUCAGCCGCUGCUGUCUCAGCACCCUUCUUCUCUGCCGCUACCGAACCACAGUCCUAACGAAUGGCAGUCACAAGCACCUCGUUCAUCCCGUAAAACCAGCCGUCAGCCAAAUUCCAAGGCUACUAGUUCCGAUUCCAUGAGUAGCACCAAAACCACCAGGCAGCAAUUCACUGCAUGUGGCGCGUGCCGUCACAGGCGAGUAAAGUGUGACUUGAAAGAUAAGCAGGAACAGGCCGAGAAAACAGCUCUGUUGGAGAGUAAUGGGCACACUGGACCCAUGAGAGAGCAGGCCAAAAAGGUUCAAUGCUCAAAUUGUUUAGAAAGAGGGCUCAACUGCGUAGACGAGUUUGCACCUAUCAAAGCUGCCAAGCAACUACGCCGUGGAAAACGAAUCACAGAGAUAGAACAGUUAUAUGGGAGAUCCGCAACGGACGCUGCGAGUGUACAUGACAACGCCUCUACAUCUUCUAUCAAGCAGCCUGUAUCGUCUGUCAAAUCUAAUACUCAACCGGUUCACUCCAUUAUCCCCGAAUUGACUCGAGAAUUCUUUGAAUCAGACUUCUUCCGUAGGUUUCAAGUUCAACGGCCAGUCAUUGAUCCCGGAAACUUCCUUGAGAGGUAUUUAUCGCAAGCAAAUCCUCACGCAGCAGCCAUGGGUACCGAAGGCGCCAUCCUCUGCCACGUACUUUACGCCUGGGCUGUGUCAUAUGGCGUAGACGAGUAUGGUCGUCUAGAUCUACCGGAAGGUGGAAGAGAACCAUUAACUGGGGUGAACGUCACAAAUGCAUGCCCCGGAGAAGUACAAAGAGAAAAAGAUAGAUCUGUAAGGAAGGAGAAGAUGAAAAGCGUAGUAAAAAUUAUUCUCAAGGAAAUUGAUGACUGUGGGGUGAUGAGAAAACCGACUUGGGAUGGUGUUCGAGUCUUGCUCAUGAUAUUACCGUUGACAGAAGGCAUAUCAACGCCGGUUGAGCGACUGGUCAUGUAUGAUGCUGCCAUCUCACAGGUUUUCAUGCUAUGCUCCCACGUCGCUAUGGGGUAUGAUGGAUUACCGUCUGCUAGCUCUGAAGCAGCGAAUGGGGCCACAGAAGAUGACCAGGGUAUGACCGUAGUCCGUGUUCGAGUCUAUUGGUAUGCCUUUGUUCAUGAAGGCAUAACAACCGGUCUUAAGGGCGGUAGGCUACACCUUGAUGAAGAAGAUAUGGAAACAAUGCAAGACAUCAUUGAUAAUAAUGCACUGGUACGAGAUUCGGUUUCUUUUCGGAUAUCAACCAAGUUUGCUACUGCCCCUAUAAAUUUAGCCCUUGCAUGUCGAAAGAUCAAUAAAGCGCUCACUGGUCCUAAAGCAAAGCGGCGGACAGCUGUGAAUGUUGAUUUAGUUAAGCAAGCUUGGGAGGCCCUGGAACGGUGUUGGGAAGAGUUUGACGACUUGUUGAAGGUUGGGCCCAAUCACAAAUACAUUUUGGGGGAAGAAGUUGCUAGGUUUGCGGAUGGCUGGAAAAUCUUCCUUUUCGAGGCCCAGAAUGUGAUCUACAACAAUCUGGAAGCGCGGCGGCAGAAACUUUCUAAUACUGCUGUCCAACUUACUGCCCGCAUCACCGAAUCUGCCUCGCCCUCAACUGCUAACAGUCCGGAAACCAUGCACGCUGACCUCGUCACGAUCGACCAUUUGUUGGACAUCGCCAAGAGUAAAUGUGAAGUCAAAACGAGACAAAUUGUUGAUCUGGUAAAAACGUAUGUUGGCACGAGGUUCUUUGAGUGGGAUGCCAGUCUUGUACGAGAUGGUACAUACUACGCGGCCAUGUGGUUGGUCAAGCAGGGAGGAAGCAGUGAAGAUGUGGCAGUCUGUAUCCAAGCGCUGAACGAACUGAGGUGGGCUCAUGCGAAAGCCUGGGAACGUUCUGCAGAUCUCCGGAAAGAAUGGCUUGAAAAACAUGUGGUGGAUGAUCCUCAAGAGCAAAAUAAAACAUGGGAUUCUGUUAUCACCAACCUUGAGAAGCUAGGAGAAGAUAAAACAACAACUGAAGCGCCUCAAAGACAACACGAAGUCCUUGAGCAACCUAAUAUGCCCCGACACAAUACCUGUAAUCCCGGUAUUGGUAAUGAGAAAUCCCAGUCUCAAUUACAAGACAACUCGAAAAGGUUGAAACAAACACAUGCAAGCCUCGACCACCAUAUUCAUCAACAGCAACAACAGCCCCAUUCUUCCCAGAUAUACGCCUAUCCAGAUUCGCAACAUCAUCUACAGCAGUCCCUUCCCAACUCCUACCUGGAUCAGCGGCAUGUAGAUAUCAUCCCACCUGGUUCCAAUACCUCAUAUUCAAGCCAACCUUCCGGGAUUUCUGGUCCCCAAUAUCAGACCGAAGGCAAUCAUACACCUACAACUGACUCGACCUUUACAUCCUCACAUACGACUCUCCCCAUCAAUGAUACGAAGGUGAAUGUCAUGGACAUGUCCAGCAGCUACCAUCAUGUUAACAUGCGAGAAGGUCUCUUCGAAGAUGAUAGUUUCCACUCAUCCCAUGGCGCUCAGCAAACCCAGAUGUAUGAGGAAGCAGAGACGCGUAAUGGCUCAGUCCCCUCCCAUCAUGGACUUGUUGGACACGGUCACGGCAAUAUCAUGUUGGGUGAGAAUGGAUACCGAGCGUACGAGAAAUUUGACGGCCAGACGGGUUAUAUGGCCGCCGAAGGAUAUCCUCAAUCGAGACAAAUACACCAAGUCUAUGACUACCACCACGAUCCUUCUCAUCUCCAUCCCCACGUUCAAGAUGCCCACACCCAAGGAACAGGGCAGGGCGACUACAACAGUUACCAGCAUCCCACUGAGGAACUGCAAGGGCAAUUCGUCCUCCAAUAUGAUGGGACCCACCUAUUUACCCCUUACUCCAACUAAGCAUGGGUGAAGAAGUCGCUGGAGGUGGACAGAGGACAUGGAGGCGAAGUAAAAAAAAAUUCGAAAAAUCAAAAAAAAAGUUGAAAAGAAAGGCGCACGUUCAUAGUUCAUACGUAGCGUCGUUGACCUUGUCAUAGGCAAAUGCUUUCCCCGUCUAGAUUUUGGUCUCUACAUACCCUGUUGUAUCCUUUGUGCAACAUUUGGAACUGUAAACUGUAAUAAACUUCAAUUGGUCU